AGCCGCCAUUUUACGAGCUAUUUUUUGGCAUAAUUGUCAAUCUAUUGCGCUUUGCUUCUACGUUUUGCGUUUUCUUGUAAUUUUAGCUUUAUUACAAUUUCUUCAAUUUACUUUAAAAUCCGCUCCGAUUUGUCGCUAAACACUUCUGUUAAUUCGACUGCAAUGGCGAACCGAAGACCGCAGAACAACGGGCGUCGUAUGGAUUUCGGCCGAAAUGAUAGGCCGAAGAACUUUGGGCGUAGUGGCGUGUCUCCGUGGCAAGGCGCCGGGCCGGGCGGCGGAAUCCCGAACCUGCUACCUUUAGCUGGCGGUUCCACUGAGGCGACAUUAGCUCUGGCCAGUAACAUCAUCAACCUUCUGCAACCUCGUCAAAAUCCAGUGCCUUCGCUCCUAGACAUGCCUAUACGACGAGACUUCGGUCCCAAUAUGGGUCGGUAUGACCGCGGUUUUGGACCCAAUAGGAUGGGCAAUCAGGGUAAUUUCCGGCGUACGGGAAAUUAUAAUCGAGCUGGUGAGCGUAUCAACACGAAUCGUAAGCCGUUCAGGCCCAAUGAUGGGCAAAGGCAUCAAAACAAGAGCUCCCCGAAAAAGGAUGCCGAUUCAAAGGCUAAGCCUGUUAAGGAGAGUGAUCAAGAUCAAGGAGAGAAAGAAGAGACAGGGGAAAAAUCAGAAACAAGCGAACAGAGAAAAGAAGCUCUGAAGACCCGCUAUGACGAUAUCAACUCUCAACUACUCAAGUGCCAUAUUUGUAACAAGAGUAUGUGGGAUGGACGGUCCUUUGAGAAUCACCUGAGUGGUAGAGCCCAUGCCAUCAUGAUGCAGAAGACAGCGGAGAGUUAUGCCCUCACUGCUGACACUAUGAGACAGGAGAUCAAGAUUCGUGAAAUGAAACGCACAAGGAAAAUAGGGCAGCAACCGCCUCGUGAUUUCUAUUGCGCGAUGUGUGAUAUGUAUGCAGCAGACGGUGCUAUACACAGGACAACAGUUGGUCAUCGUAAACUUAAGAAAUAUUUACAUCCGACAUGCACAUAUUGUCAUAAGGAAAUGCCAACACGUAUCGAGUUGGAUGAACAUAGAUUGACAGCGGAACAUCUAAGGAAUAUGCAGGAUAAACAAGAAGUGGUGACCAAGCCGAAACCUGAAGUAAUGGUGAUAUCAACAAUGUCCAUGGAACAAUCUUAUCUACGUGAGGAUCGCGAGCGCUGGCGUCGUCCGGAGCGUGUCGAACGAAUUGAGAAACCAGACACACAUAAAGAGAACGAGACUGUUAAAGAAGAGAAGAUUGAUGAUCAGGGUGAUGUUGAGAUGAAGAGUGUAGGUGAUGAGGAUGCGGAGAAGGCUACAGACAAGCCGGUGCAGAGUGAAACUACCACAGAGGAAGUGCAAGUUAAGAAAGAAGAUAACGGUUUGGAUGGAGAAACUACUAUAUUGGAUUAUAAAGAGGGAGAUGAUUUGUCCAAUGUCACACAAGAUAUGAUACCCGUGUACAGCACUGAGCGCGGUGUAGGUCGCUCCUUCCUGUCAGAGUUCCGCUGUGUGCAGUGCAGCCUGUGCCGCAAGCUGCUGGACAGCGAGGAGACAGCUGAAGUACAUCUCAAGACUUGGAGACAUCAUCAGUUAUUCAUACGACUGAUCACAAGGUCCAAUUCUCAGCUUCAAGAAGGCAGCAAGCGUCAGAUGAACGUGGAAAUAUGUGGAAACUGGAAGCGGCGCAAGACCUCGCGCGAUGAGGACACAGAGGAUGAUCAUGACAACUAUCACGAGGAAGGGGAAGGAGCCCAAGCGGAUGUCAAUGGAGAAAAAGCAGCUAAUAAAGGUGAUGUCUCCGUCGAGAAGGCAGUUGAGGUGAAGAUAGAAGAGGACGUGGCUAUAAACACUGCUGAUGAAGACCUGGAGGACUGGGAGCAGUCUGUUGAUGAGAUAUUGCAUCAUGAGAAAAACAAUACAACUGAAACCUCUUCAGAUGCAAAGACAGAAGCUGAGGAAGACAAAUUACUUGAGGAAGAUGCAACAGAAAAGAAAAAUUCUCAAGAAAAUGUUCCAUCAAAGCUAUCACCGAGACGUAGCAAACGUCGUCAAUAGACUGUCUAUACUAUUUUGAAAUCUUUUAAGUAUUGUAUAUUUACUUUUCUUAUAAAAGCGGUGGCUCUCCAAUGUAUUGGCUCAUCCAGUGAAAUACCACGACUACACAGAACACGUCAAGUGGAUGUUCCAACUGCAGUCUGAUUAGUGUGGUCCGGUAACUUAAUUUUAGUCUUCUUCCCCUUCUCACACUUAUAAGGAAAGGAUGGGAAGGAAAAAUGGAUUUGACAGAGGAGAAUUGAUCUCUUUCUGUGCUAUUCUUCCUUCUUUGUAUUUGAGAAUGUCUAUGGACAGCGGAAUCGCUAUUUCAGUGAAUCCAGGUGUUCACUUGUUCGUUUGCCACCUUGUAAUAUAAUAAAAAGGUCAUUAAUCAGUUUGUUGCUUGUACAGGGCUUUAAAUAAAAAAAACUCUUGUUUGCACAAAAAUGUGUUAAUAUAACAUGAAUAACAAAAAGACAUAGAAAAACUGAUCUGACAUUACUAAAUUCAAAAGUUAAAUUUCGUCUUUUUUCUUUGAUUUAAUGGCAGCUAUAGUAUAAAACUCCUUGAACAUCACUCAAAGACUAAAAUAAAUUGGUGAAUAAUUUUUUCAUAUAAAAUUAUUCAACAGUCACUGUCACUCACUUUUACAUUUCU